AUGCCUCAAACCCUCCGAAAAUGCAAACACACUUCCCUCCACCUCGAUCCAUCCCCCAACGCAUCCAAAGCCCGCUUCAAACGCCCCUCCAAACAACAACGCAUCCGCGCAGUCAGCCACAACGCACAACCGUUAACUCCCAUCGCACUCUUUGACGAUGCAACCACGUUUCCAGCACCGCUCGUCCUCCCAGACGAUGACUUAGAUCUCGACCCAGAGUAUCCCGCACAAAGCGUACAAGAAUGGCGUGAAGACGAGGAGCGCAAUCCCAUUACACACACCAGAAAGACAAUCUACCUCGUUGCAUCUCCCUCCAUCACAGAGGAGAUGAGACCCAUGAACGACUGGAACAACUCCCACACUAUCCAAGAAAGGGAGAUACAAUUAGCCGACCUCAAAACAUACAUCUCCGCCUUCUACCACGGCAUGAGCGUCAAAAUCCUCCCCCAGAAAUUCACCUGGCAAGCAUGGGAGCACGAAGCCAACAAACCCAAAUACAACGGCAAAAGACUCAAACCAAACCACCAACAACUCAUUGGUCUCGCCACGCCGCACAACACCCUCAUAGGAGUGAGAUGUCGUCUCUCCCCCGACAAAAUCAUGCAACUCAACCUCGAUGACAUCCUCGACGCUCUCGCCGAAACCGUCCCAGCAGACGCCUACGCCAUAAUGAUGCUCCUCCACCAAGACAUGUACGAAGGAGACGACGAGAUAUUCACCGGUGGCCGAGCAUACGGCGGCUCCAGAAUAGCAGUCGUGUCCUCCUUUCGCGACCAUCCCGCCCGUCUAUCCAGCGAUAUCCACAGAUGGCCUGCCUCGCACUGCGCGUCCUACGUAUCCGCCAUUUGUGGCACAACGAAUAAGCUCACGUCCAUAUCAUCUGGGGCCAUGGGUGCUGCUGUGCGUGCCGUGGCCGAACUUUCGGACACGCCGGACGAAUACGGGGAGUGGUUUUCGAGGGUUGCACAAACGGCGGCGCAUGAGCUGGGCCAUUGCUUCGGGCUGGACCACUGCGUGUAUUAUGCGUGUGUGAUGCAGGGCUGUGGCUCGAGUGGGGAGGCGCUGAGGCAGCCUGGGUAUUUGUGUCCUGUGUGUUUGGAGAAGGUGGCCUGGGGGAUUGGGAGUGUUGUUAAAGGAUGGGAGGAUGAGGGUGUGAGGAGGGAGUAUGAGAUGAGGCGGUAUGAGGCUAUGAGGAGGGUUUGUGAGCGGUGGGCUGAGGGGGGAAGUGUGUAUUGGGUUGGGUAUGGGGUUUGGUUGGGGGAGGUUAUUAAACUGUAUGGUGCGUGUUGA